GCUGAUAGUAAGCCUCUAUCAUAGCUUCUAAUAUUCAACCAUUGUCAUAGCCCUUUUUUCACUCUCUUACCUUUUGUCUUAAUACUCGUUCGUAGAUACCAUUUGUUUUGAAGAGGAGAGUCACGCAUAUAUGUAAUAGUAAUUAGUUCUGUGGAGGUGUGUACAAUUUUAUUUUCAGGUACCCGAGUGUCUUGGCCAUUUUCAGCCUCCAUCAGAUAUUCUACCGUCUAACCCCACCGCCCAAAGAUAUCUAAUUCAGACCGCUUCAAUCUCGUCAGUCUUAAAUCCCCAUCGUCACAGAAUGUACGCGUUAAGGAGGGUUUCGUUUUAAAAACAUUAUAUAUACAUGUUAGGCUAUGUCUAGUGGGAUUGCAUACUCCUUUUCUCCUAAGGAAUCUUCCUGGGUAAUAUCGCAAUAUAUCUUUGGGAUUUAAUUGGGAUAUAAUACUACGGGAACACGAAGUUUUUGCCAAGACAAAUCAACUAGCCUUUCCGAAAAAAAAACUGUCAAAAUGGCUGAGGACCUCGGCGAUAUCGAUAUCGAUCUUGAUACUAAUAUAAUUCGAGAAUGGAGAUCGAUCGUUACCCUCGUGGUUUUCGUCAUCACUAAUAUCAUUGUGCUUUUCCCCUUUCAUAUCCCAUUGUACAUCCCUCGGGCAAUUUCAAAUGCCAUACUGAAUGCUCUAGUUGCUUUGCGAGUGAUAGGCCCACGGCAAAAAGGCUCUCAAUAUGAGGCUGGCCUUGAUAAUGAUCGCGACGAGGAGAAACAUGGUAUAGCUAGGCAUUUCGUACGGCUUAGGUUCCCCAUGAACUUUGUGACGGCGCCUCUGAUAGCGGAUCUCUUUCUGCUAGCUAUUCUAGCAAUUGGCCGAGAGGAGGUGUACGGUGGUACCAUUGGUGCUAACCACAUCUCGCCCAUCGACAUCAUGGCCUUUUUCAUAACGCUGGCGUAUAUCGCCAUCUCUAUCGAUGCUUCUGGUCUUAUCAGAUACCUCGCGUUUAAGGUGCUCCAAAAAGGAGGGAAGUUUGGCCACAGGCUCUUUUUUUACCUGUAUGCCUUCUUCUUUAGCCUUGGCACCUUUAUUGGCAACGAUCCCAUCAUCCUAUCUGGCACGGCCUUCCUUGCGUACAUGACCCGGGUCUCGAGCAACAUCGUACAUCCCAGAGCGUGGAUUUUCGCCCAAUUUGCCGUAGCGAACAUUGCAUCGGCAAUUUUGGUGUCAUCUAAUCCUACCAAUCUUGUUCUCGCGGGCGCUUUCAAUAUCAGGUUUAUCGAUUACACCGCCAAUAUGAUCGUCCCUGUCGUUAUCACAGCAAUUGUACUUUUCCCCUUCCUCCUUUACAUCGUAUUCGCGGAUGAAACCCUUAUCCCUCUCUCAAUCCAGAUGCAUGAGCUUUCGGAAGAGGCAAAAGCUAAAAAACCUGUUAAUCCUAACAUUCCCCAUGCCAGGGGAAAUGCCGAGGAACAAGAGGAUGGUCCGUCAAACAGCGAACAAAGCAAGUUGCUAUCUUUAGAAGAGAUCAUGAACCCCUUCCUGGAUAAGGGCGGCGCAGCAUUUGGAGCCGUCAUCAUGGCUGCAACACUUAUCACUAUCCUUGCGAUUAAUGCCGCCAGUCAGAGCACCGGUGAACACCCUGUCUUUUACGUGACUCUGCCAGCUGCGUUUGUCAUGUUUUGUUGGGACAUUACAUUUGGAUGGAUUCAUCGCGGAGAGACACGAAAGAUCGCCCGUGAUGGCCGACGUGAUAUCGAACGAGCUCGGGCCGAGCGACUUGCUAGGGAAAUCCAAGAACUGGAGGGGAUGACUUCGAGUCACAACCCAGAGCAAGAGCAGCAAAGUGGUGGUGUCGAUACUCAACCUAGCACGUCACACAGCCGUUCUCUGGAUACCAAAUCUCAGAACCAGCAUGACACUACCGGUGGUAUCAGAUCCCGCGCUAGCCUAGCCGGUUCAAACACAGAUGACGAGAUCACUAUAGGAGCCGAGAAAGCUAGUAUAAAGCUGCCGAGUGAGGAGGUCCAAUUACACGAGGGUUGCCCUACUAGCGCGACGAAUACGCCUGGCGGAAACCAGAGACCAAUCCAUGCAGACUCAUCGACGCCAUCUGGGGGGAUACUGAGCGGAGAUAUAAGUGAAAAGAGCCGAAUUCCAUUCGAACGAGAGGUGGAUACGGAAAAGCAACCCCGUUACAGCGUCUCAAUCCACCAAGAAAAUGAAAAAGCGACGCUAGUAUCGCUAACUAUAGACGGUUAUAGAUGGGCGCAGGAGACAUUCCCAACGGCAGCGGUAGUUAUGAGCCAUCUACCCUUCGCACUCGUCCCCUUUGCCUUCUCCAUGUUUGUCCUCGUGCAAGCUUUGGUUACGAAAGGUUGGGUGCCCGUAUUUGCUUACGGCUGGAACCAUUGGGUGAAUAAGACGGGGACGAUCGGCAGUGUUGGCGGGAUGGGAUUUCUUUCCGUGAUACUUUGCAACUUUGCGGGAACCAACAUUGGUACCACCAUCCUUCUCUCCCGCGUAAUCCAGGCGUGGCAGAAGAUUCAUCAAGCCAAUAACACACCCAUCUCCAACCGGACUUUUUGGGCUACGGUUUACAGCAUGGCGCUCGGCGUCAACUACGGCGCAUUCAGCACAGCCUUCAGCGCAUCUCUAGCCGGCCUCCUCUGGCGCGACAUCCUCGCCAGGAAGCACAUCCGUGUCCGAAGGCUCGAUUUCGCCCGCGUGAACCUCCCGAUUAUCACGAUUUCUAUGGUUGUCGGUUGUGCCAUUCUUGUUGGCGAGGUCUAUAUUAUUCGGCCUACUACCGCUUAUGACGCAUGAUUAGGGCAUUUGUUAAGCCCGCAUAGAGUUUUGGUAUGAUUAAUGAUGGGUAUCUGAUAGAGGUUGCAUAAUGAAUAAUGAUAUUUCAUGACAUUCUUGGCUAGACG